AUGAUGCCAAGUUGCAACGCAUGACGCAUCGCAUCAUCGGUUUUUCCAGCCAGCAGCAUUUGGCUGGCCGACUGCGCCGCACGAAGGGGGAAGGAAGAGGGCUACUUGGAAAACUGGGGGCGGCGCGGCGGGACGGAAAGCCGAGGUAGGAGAGAGGAAGCAGUCUCAGUUCUCGAUCUCCGAGGUUGGUGGCGGCGGCUAGGGCUGGCAGCCGGCGGCAGAAGCAGAUCUGAUCCGCGGGUGUCCGGCGCAGAGAGGAGGCUCCCCGGAGCUUCGGCCGGGCCGGCCAUCCGAUUCCGCAGCCCGCCUCUGCGAUGGUUCGAUCUCCGCCCCCCACCCACCCAGCAGUAAUUUUGUUAUCCUUCUAGGGUUCAAAUUCGGGCGAGAUCGUCGCCGGAUCCCCCCGGGCGGUUCUCGUGCUGGGACGGCCAGGCCGGCCUCGAUCCGUGGGCGCUGCCAGUUCGAGUCAAAUUCCCCAUUUCCUUUGCGCGUGAGUUGGCCGCGGCACUGUGGGAUUUUGGUCUCUGGCUGCUGACUGCAGUGAUGAAUUCGAGGCCGAUCGUGCUCGUCUUCCUCCUGCUCGUGCUCAUCAUAUCAUCGCAGUUCGAGUGGAAGCAGCAGAUCGGUGAGGCCGAGGCGAGCCCGGAAGCUACACGGCGGAGGCAGCAACCGCAGAUCGUAAGGGAAGAUGCCGUUAAAGAGAAAAUAAUACUGGCGCAGGAGAAGAACAUCCAGCAGCUCACCGAGCUCAUCCAGAGCCUCCAGGUGCAGCUACUGCAUUGCCGUGGCAGCAACAGCACUGCUCAUGGCGCCUCCUCGAAUCAGUCUUCAGCCAGUUACUCCGAAGCGGACAGACAUCAGAUAAUCGAUGACUGAUCGCGCGUGGACAUGCCCAGGUCGUUUGCGUCAGAGUACAACCGGAUCAAGGACAUGCUCUGCAGUGUACUGAUGUGCUGUACUAUUGACAGCACUAUGACCACCCCCUUCUAAUACAUCUUCACCCUCGGCUUGUACAGGAUUAUAUUGUAACUGUAUCAUGUAAAUUUAGCCCACCUUCCUCAUUGAGAUUGAGAAUGUACUCAUACC